UUGUUAACCUUUAGCCUUAACUUGAAUAAACAAACUUCGCCAGGUGCCACCAAGCCGAGAGGUGCUAACUGUGGAAUCGUUACCUUGUUUCAGCUCAUGGACAAGAAGGUUUGGAACGACAUCUUCACGGCAGACCCUGUGUCAAAGCUUGGGAAUACUAAAGAAACACUGCGUCUUCUCGGAACCCUAUGGCUUGUCCUGUGGCAGUGGCAGUGUUAGCAACCUGUAUUUGCAUAGCCAACAGGUGUCAAAACGCUACGCUGCAACUCGGAAGCAAAAAGAUAGGAGACCUACCUGCUUUAUGUCGGAACUAAAGGAACCCAUUCCGACAGUCUAACCGUUUAAAGACUCAUGUUGAAUGUUCUGGAAACCACAACUGAACUACUGAGGAUACCAGAAGAGUAGUCUUGGUCUUUGACAGCUCACUUCUUAUCUUACAAAAAGAAGACCAAGAUGGCGUCCAAGACAGCCACUAAGAAGGGAACAAAGACGUCGGUGAGUCCGUCUGGAGAGAGAGCUUCAGAGGCACGGACGAAUGGAGCAUUCCUGAAGAACAGAGUAAAAGAGCUAGAAGAGGAAGUCGCUACACUAAAGAAACGGCUGGACGAAUUGAGGAAGGCCAAGAACACAACUAUACUGAAACGAGAGCGGGAGGUCCUCAGUGUAGCAGACCCAUUCAGUACAAGACCCGCGAAGUCAGCCGACGAUGGUAAGGUUGCAGAGCUACAGCAGAAGUUAGACAACAGCGCUGCAGAAAGAGACAGGGAAGUCGCUGAGCUGAAUAGGCAGUUAGAGAAACUUAAACUGGACCAUCAAGCCGAAAUGGACCGGCUACGGAAGGAAAAUCAGGGACAACAGGUACCUCCUUGCGAUCACGAAAAAGAGCUAGAGGCACUCAGGAAAAAGCUACGGGAAGAAGAAACACUCAACAGGGAGCUGAACGAUCAGAACAUGGAGCUGAGGUCACGGCUGUUGAUAACGGAGGAGAAGAUAGAGGCGCUGUACGAGGAGCUCAGCGUGAAGGAGGCUCACUGGUGCGAGAUGGAGGAACAAUAUCAGUUGAAGUUGAAGACACAGUUUAGUGAAAAGUAUCAGGAGUGGAUGGAGGCUACAGAAAAGAAGAUUGAAGAACUUCAGAGAGCGAAUGAUUUGUUGAGAAACUACGUCCGCCGGUCGGGGAGGGGUUCGUCACAAGAUGGGGCAGAAGGAAGCCAGGAUGAUAGCUGACCAAUAGAUGUAAUGUUCCUCUAGCUCCACCAAAGACUUAAAAGAGAAUGACGCUUUGGUAUAACACGUGCGACUUUAAGUUGAAGUCGGAUGUCUUAAACACAAUAAAUGCUCUCUUUUUCAAACUCUUUUUCUCUUCCAAAGUCAUCUAUGACAAAUAACACUAGCAGGAGAAGAUUGCCAGAGGAAAAAAGCUAGGCACGUCAUUUUUGCAAAAUCUUAAUUUUUACUCACAUUUCCAAACCGGGGCCCCGACUGGGAUGUUUGCAGAAACGAAAUAGAAAAGUGUCUAUCACGGAAUAUGCACAAAUUGUUCUCUUGACUAAUCUUGUUACGUUCUGUGUGUUUUGUUGUCUCUUUUAUUGUAAUUUUCGUUCCUGAAAGCUGCCCGGUUGGACCCUGGUUUGGAAACGUGACCUAACCAUUACCUAACGUUCUAGAAUUGUAAAACUAAUGUCUUGUGAUAAAGGAAAACUCAAUUGUAAAAAGACAGGUCCUUACCUCUUCCCUUUGGCCCCCCGUUGUACUAUCAUCCAAUAGUUGCUGAAAUUCUUGCGUCGUUAUUAGCAGGGUACUGAUUUCGUUGACUGACCUUGAGAAGUUAUUUUUACCACGGUUGUGCAUUUUUUUUAGACAGAAAAAAAUAAAUGUAAAUGUUUGUUAUGAAACACUACGCACAAUGGCAUGGCGUGGAUAGCAUGUUAUCUCUUUAGUUACAUGUAUCAGCUGUCUUGAUUGGACAAACAGCAUGUGGUCACCUCUAACCCUUUCCUCAGGUAAUUUCGUCGUUGCCGAGAGGCCCCACAGGUUAUUUCAGCCAAGAAUUAUCAAAUUCUUUCUCCACCGUCGUCUAUCUACCAUCAUAUGCUAACAUUUUUUCAGUAUCGUACUAGCGUUAUCAUAAAAAAACGACAUAUUACAUGCAAAUAUUUGCAUACAUUGUGUGCAAAUAAACUUACAUGUAUCAAGCGGUUGAAA